AUGGCCGACACACUUGUCCAGGAGUCCGGCUCCCGCGAGUCCAGCUGCCCGGAAUUGAAGGAGGACACCACCAUCAUUGUCCUCGGUGCAUCCGGUGAUCUUGCUAAGAAGAAGACUUUCCCAGCUUUGUUCGGAUUGUUCCGCAACAAGUUCCUACCAAAAGAUAUCAAGAUCGUUGGCUAUGCCCGCACAAAAAUGGACCAUUCGGAGUACCUCCGGCGUGUCCGGUCGUACAUUAAGGUCCCCACCAGGGAGAUUGAGGAGCAAUUGAACGCAUUCUGCAACAUUUGCACCUACUAUGCCGGCCAGUAUGAUAAGGACGAGUCCUUCCAGGGCUUGGAGAAGCAUUUGGCGGAGGUCGAGAAGGGUCAGAAGAGGCAGAACAGAGUCUUCUAUAUGGCUCUUCCUCCUACCGUUUUCAUCACUGUCUCGCAACAUUUGAGGAGGAACAACUACCCUAAGAAUGGUGUUGCUAGAGUCUUCGUCGAGAAGCCUUUCGGAAGAGACCUUGAGAGCUCUAGAUCCCUACAGAAGGCUCUUGCUCCUAACUGGAACGAAGAUGAGCUUUUCCGUAUCGACCACUAUCUCGGUAAGGAGAUGGUUAAGAAUUUGUUGAUCCUCCGAUUCGGAAACGAAUUCUUCGGUGCUACCUGGAACCGUCACCACAUCGAUAACGUUCAGAUCACAUUCAAGGAGCCAUUCGGUACUGAGGGCCGUGGCGGCUACUUUGACGAGUUCGGUAUCAUUCGUGAUGUCAUGCAGAACCAUCUUCUCCAGGUCUUGACACUCCUUGCUAUGGAGCGUCCCAUCUCCUUCUCUGCUGAGGAUAUCCGUGAUGAGAAGGUCCGCGUUCUCCGCGGCAUCGACCCAAUUGAGCCCAAGAACGUUAUUGUUGGCCAGUACGGCCGCUCAGUUGAUGGCACCAAGCCUGCUUACAAGGAAGACGACACUGUCCCCAAGGGAUCUCGCUGCGCCACUUUCUGUGCUCUCGUCGCCUACAUCAAGAACGAGAGAUGGGAUGGUGUUCCAUUCAUUCUCAAGGCCGGCAAGGCCCUCAACGAACAGAAGACUGAGGUCCGCAUUCAGUUCCGUGACGUCACAUCCGGUAUCUUCAAGGACAUCCCCCGCAACGAAUUGGUCAUCCGUGUCCAGCCCAACGAGUCUGUCUACAUCAAGAUGAACUCCAAGCUCCCCGGUCUCUCCAUGCAGACCGUCGUUACCGAGCUCGAUCUCACCUACCGCCGUCGCUUCUCCGACCUCAAGAUCCCCGAGGCCUACGAGUCGCUGAUCCUUGACGCAUUGAAGGGUGACCACUCCAACUUCGUCCGUGAUGAUGAGUUGGAUGCUUCGUGGAGAAUUUUCACGCCGUUGUUGCAUUACUUGGAUGAUCAUGAGGAUAUCACUCCUUUGGAGUACCCAUAUGGAUCCCGUGGUCCCGCUGUUCUCGACGACUUCACGUCUUCCUUCGGAUAUAAGUUCAGCGACCCUGCUGGGUACCAGUGGCCCGUCCAGAGCGCCGCUAGGUCGAACUUGUCUUAA